CUGUCAUUAAUCAGUUUUGAGGUUAAGUUGUGAUGAAAACUGAAAUAUUUUUGCACAAUUUACCGACAGAAAUUUUGGUGUUUUCUGUUGAUGCUAUUUUAAGCUAUUUUUUUUACAAGAGCUAUAAUAAGACUUCUACAUAUAUUCAGUGUUUACAGGAUGUGAUUUCAAAGGGUGAAAACAAAGAUGUGGAACAAAUUCAGACUGGCGAGAAAAGAUAUACUAUGGUCCAAGGUCCUGUGAAAUCAUUGGGAAAUAACAUCAUUAGUGUGUAUGCUCCCAACAUGUCUGGAGUGAUACAGAGGAUGAGCACCAAUGAGUAUGUGAUGACUCGCAAUUCCUCUGGUUACUGGAUGGACCAGUCUCGGCCUAUUCAUCAGUCCUACAACACUGUUCCCUUCGCCAUCGUCGUCGGCAGCAGCCUGAUAGAGGUGAAAGACGUGCUACUAGCAGACGAGCUUCACUUAGACACUGUGUACAGCAGGUACGACCCGAUGGUUCACUCUCUAGCAGCCAACAUGUGGAGCUUCUUCUCCGGAAUUCGACGUUACGGCCUCGAGACUACGGAGGAGAUGUUGAAAGAGGGAACGAUCGUCACAGGUAUCGGGGAGCUCGCAGUAUUGGAGAAUGGCACCAAAGCUCUGCUCCCACCAGGGAAAAACAAACCAUUCUUCAUCAUCACCCAGUCCGUAGCUACUAUCCUCAGUACAAUUAGGGACAAGAAGAUGCUUUACGGAGCUCUUCUAGUUAUCACUGGCACCUUGACAGCAGCGUCCAGUGCACUACUGAUCCGUCGUUUGUGGAUCCAUCUGAAAAAGAAGAGGGAGUCUGCAGAUCUGCGCAGGCGACUGAGGGAGCGACGGCGAAACGCACGGACACACGGAGACAACAUACCUCAAGCUCUGCAAUGCAUCGUGUGUCAAGACAACCCCAGAGAGGUAAUCAUGUUGCCGUGUGGUCACCUAUGUGUGUGUGAAGACUGUAGCGCCCAGCUUGGAUCUACAUGUCCUGUAUGUAGAGCGCAUAUAGCUACUAGAGCUGCUGCGUUCCUUUCGUAGCCUUUUUUACCUUCCUCUAAACAUUUCUUUGUGUUAUAUUUAUUUAUAAAGAGUUUAUUUACAACAGUGCAAUUUCUGUGGGUAUAGUAAUUUUAAAUGAUACAGAAGUAAAUAUUUUUUAUCAUUAUAUAUUCGAAAAUUGCUCACAGCUGAGCCAUUCGAAAAUCGUUGAUUUUGAAUCUACCAAAACAUAUGUUUUUGCCCGUCCUAAACAUAACCAUUCCUUACCCAAACAAACAGAGUGGUACAAACCUGUGGUAUGAAAACAUAAUUUCUAGACUAUGGAAUAAUAUUAGAUUUUUUCAAACGAAGCAUGUGUGAUGUUUUGUAUUGCAAAAGUUUCGCUCACUACUCGUCGCAAAAGAUCCAUUCUGGGGCUCGAUAACUUAGUCGUAUCUGUGCUCUAUCUUGCCCUGAAAUGGGUCUCUUUCGAAACUAGCUGUGAAGUACACUAGUGUGUGGUAAAGCUGAGCUAAGUGGUGAGCUGAGUUGUUUAUAUUACAAUUUGUUAUUAAGAAGUCAAUUCUAAUUUCUCCUGCAUAGUUUGUGAUUCUCCUUCACACCUUAACUACUACCACAGAGGGCAAAGAUAUUCAAAGAUCAUAAUACCCCCGCCGCAGCAAACCUGCCGACUAAGCGAAUUUUCAUUUGUCUGAAUUGAUUUUCAGUUAAAUAUAUUUUAAUAACAUUAGGUUUAACGAGUACCUAGGUUUGCUGCUACAAGGAAACUAAUAAAGUGUGUUUUUGAGUAAAAUAUUGAUAGCUUAGUACAAAAUAAAUAAAUUUGCCAAGUUUGAUCAAAAUAUAUCCAUAAACAA